UUGGGCAUGCACAGAGCAGGAUCUGGGGGGGCACAGAGCAGGAUGCGCUGGCACAGGCCAUGCUCGGGGCUGGCUCUGGCGGCGCCCGGCGCCGGCUCAGACCGAAAGCACCGAACUGCAGCUCCCGGCAGCCCCGGGAGGCUCCGCCCUGGCCCAGCUGAGCCUCACAUGACCGAGCGGGGCCGGGCCGGGCCGGGAUGGGGCAGCGCGAUCGGAUGUUCAAGGUGCUGGUGGUGGGGGACGCCACGGUGGGCAAAACAUCGCUGGUGCAGCGCUACGCCAACGACAGCUUCAACCGGCACUACAAAUCCACCGUGGGAGUGGAUUUUGCACUGAAGGUGGUUCAGUGGUCGGAGUCAGAGACGGUUCGGCUGCAGCUCUGGGACAUUGCAGGGCAGGAGCGCUUCACGUCCAUGACCCGCCUGUACUACAGGGAGGCCUCAGCCUGUGUCAUCAUGUUCGAUGUCACCAACAGCAGCACCUUCAGCAACAGCCAGAAGUGGAAGCAGGACCUGGACAGCAAACUGCUGCUGCCAGAUGGGAGCCCAGUGCCCUGCCUGCUGCUGGCCAACAAGUGUGACCUUUCCCCGUGGGCAGUGACCAGGGAAGAAGUCGAUCGGUUCAGCAAAGAAAAUGGAUUUUCAGGUUGGGUGGAGACGUCUGUGAAGGAAAACAAGAACAUCAACGAGGCCAUGAGGGUUCUGAUUGAGAAGAUGAUGUGCUCAUCCUCAGGAGAUGGGAGCUGUGCCUCUGCUGGCUCUGGGGAUUACAUCAGCAUCAAGGAGACCUCUCCCCCGGGCUGGGCCUGCUGCUGAAGCCCUGGCACUGCAUCCCUGGGGCCUCACCACCAUCACCUUUCCCCAAACUCUCACUGCUUUGGGGCUUUUUCCCCCUGAGAUUUUGGACUUUUCUCCUGCUCAGUGAGUGGUUCCUCGGCAGACACUGCUGCAGUGACUUGGAGUGAGGAGUGGAAGGAACAGGAGGGGGAAGAUUUCUCUUUUUUCCCAGUGGGAGAUUUGAUGGAGCACAAUCCAUGACCAAGCAGUGGCUUGCAUUACAUUGAAUAUUUUUUUUUUUUCUUUUAAUUUUUGAGCACUUCCUCCUCUGGCAGUGCUGGCCUGUCCCAGGCUGGGCUGUCAGAGGGAAUAUUUUAAUUUUCUGCACCUUUAGCCCUGCAGUGACCUCUGGGGACCUACCCUGAGCCCAGGUGGUGCCCGUGGGUUCCCAGCUGUGGGAUUGCAGCAGAGCUGCUCUGGAAUGAGGGAUCUGUGUCCUCCAGCACUCCCCAUCAGUGCCACCAAACUCCCCAGGAUGAGGAGCUGCACCUGGACCAGCCCCGUGAAAUCCUGGGGGUGAAUUUGGGGAGCUGGAGCAGCACAGCCCUCACCCCCCCGGGUGGAGCAGAGACCCCAAAAUUCAGUCAGGAGCUGCCAAGAUGGGAGUUUGGCUCCUGCCCUUCCCCUUUUCCUGCUCUGCUGCCCCUUUAUUGGGGUGAGAGGGGCUGUAAAUCCCUUUGUGUGCCCCUCAAAGGGCCCUUUGCACUUUUGGGGCAGCCUCCACCCCCUCCCCAAACUGCUUUUGGCAACUGCUGCUCAAUUGCCCUCCCACCCUUCUGCUGCAGCCAGGAGGGAAUUUGGGGUAGGAAACAGCUCCCUAAAAACCCCCCUGCUGUUUUAGUGGGGAAGAGGAAGAGAAAAGACUUUGUGGGAUAAAAGGAAAGGAAGGAACCACUCCCCAUUUCCCUUUGGUGCCACUUUCCCCCCCACACAUCCCAGAUAUUCGUGGUGGGGAGGAGUCCUGGCCAAAAAGAAAUUGGUACAAACUGGGGAGGAUUUAUAGGAAACUCCCCCUUCAGGGCUGGAGUUUUGUGUGUUUUAAUUCUGGAUUUGUGUGUUUAAUUCUGUUUAAUUUUGUGUGUUUAAUUCCCCCACACAUCCCAGGUAUUAGUGGUGGAGAGGAGUCCUGGCCAAAACAAUUUGGUACAAAUUGGGGAGAAUUUAUAGGAAACUCCCACUUCAGGGCUGGAGUUUUGUGUGUUUUAAUUCUGGAUUUGUGUGUUUAAUCUUUUGUGUUUAAUUCCCCCACACCUCCCAGAUAUUCAUGGUGGAGAGGAGUCCUGGCCAAAAAAAAAAAUUGGUACAAACUGGGGAGGAAUUAUAGGAAACUCCCACUAAAGGGCUGGAGUUUUGUGUGUUUAAUUCUGGAUUUGUGUGUUGAAUUCUGUGUGUUAAUUCUGUUUAAUUUUGUGUGUUUCAUUCCCCCACACAUCCCAGAUAUUCAUGGUGGAGAGGAGUCCUGGCCAAAAAAAAAAAUAGGUACAAAUUGAGGAGGAUUUUUAGGGAACUCCCCCUUCAGGGCUGGAGUUUUGUGUGUUUAAUUUUGGAUUUGCUGUUCUAGGAUUCUCUGACUGUUCCCAAUCACCCUGCCCAUGUUUUGGGUUUGGGUUUCAGCAAAUGGCCUUCAAUAAUUGGGGUUUUUUACCUCCUUGAGUGGUUUAACUGGAAAACAGGAGCAAAAAUUGCUGUGUCCUGGUUCCUGCUCUGCUCUGGCAAAUUAUUCCUCCUGCCUGUCUUGCAGAAAGGGAGGAGUUGUAAAACAGGCACUCGUCACCUUCACUAAAAAUCUGACUCUUCACUCUCUGAGGCUAAAAAGAAUUUAAAACUAAGCAGUGAGGGUCAGGAAAUUUAGAAUUAUUUGUGUUCCAUUGUUAUGAUGAAAAGCUGGAAUACCUGGGCUAGGGUUCUGCCAUGCAAAUAUUGCCAAAUUUGGGGUCAGAGGUAUCUUGAAAUAUCCUUUUCUGCACCCUUGGUUUUGGAAACAGGGAGAACUGGUUAACAAUCAGUUGAAGUUGCCUUGCUGAAUUUUAUUUCAUUGUCUUUAAAAAAAAAAAAAAGAAGAAAAAAUGGCUUUUUAAUCCUAUAAAUAUUUAAUCCUAUCAAUAUUUCUAGUUCUUUGCAGGACAUGAGAGAAGUGCCUCAAUUUUUUAAAGGAGCUGCCACUUAAGAUUCAGGUGUUAUUUAUUGGUUUUUGUGCUUGCACCUUAAAGUGUUUCAGCAAAGAUCUCUCCUUAGAGGUGGAAAAUCUUGCCCAGAGAUAAAAUUCCCAAUUCCUGCUCCAUCCAGUCCCAGAAUUAUGGGAUGGCUUGGGAGGGAAGGGUUUUAAAGAUUCCCCCCUGCCAUGGGCAGGGACGUUUCCACUGCUCCAACCUGGCCUUGGACACUGCCAGGGAUCAUUAAUAAUAAUA